AUGUCAAAUAGGAAAAAAGUUGCGUACUUUCACGACCCAGACAUAGGGAGUUAUUAUUACGGAGCUGGUCACCCAAUGAAGCCGCAAAGAAUUCGAAUGACACACUCGUUAAUUGUAUCAUACAAUCUGUACAAAUACAUGGAAGUGUACAGACCACACAAAAGUGAUGUAAAUGAAUUAACACUUUUCCAUGAUUAUGAAUAUGUGGAUUUUUUAUCUUCUAUAUCAUUAGAUAACUAUCGUGAAUUUACAUAUCAAUUGAAAAGAUUUAAUGUUGGUGAAGCUACUGAUUGCCCAGUUUUUGAUGGACUUUUCCAAUUUCAGCAAUCAUGUGCAGGAGCAUCAAUAGAUGGAGCAGCUAAAUUAAAUCACCAUUGUGCUGAUAUCUGUGUGAAUUGGUCAGGUGGAUUACAUCAUGCGAAGAUGUCAGAAGCUAGCGGUUUUUGUUACAUUAAUGAUAUUGUAUUAGGUAUUUUAGAAUUGUUAAAGUAUCAUGCUAGGGUUAUGUAUAUAGAUAUAGAUGUUCAUCAUGGAGAUGGUGUAGAAGAAGCAUUUUAUGUUACACAUAGAGUUAUGACCGUUUCUUUUCACAAAUUUGGAGAUUAUUUUCCAGGUACGGGGGAUAUAACUGACAUUGGAAUUAACCAUGGAAAAUAUUACAGUGUUAAUGUACCACUAAAUGAUGGUAUAACAGAUGAUGCUUUUGUAGAUUUAUUUAAAGUGGUAAUUGAUAAGUGUGUACAAACAUACAAACCUGGGGCUAUUAUACUCCAAUGUGGUGCUGACAGUUUAACAGGUGAUAGAUUAGGUAGAUUUAAUUUAACAAUAAAAGGACAUGCUAGAUGUGUAGAGCAUGUACGUUCAUACAAUUUACCGCUACUUGUUUUGGGUGGUGGUGGUUACACUAUACGUAAUGUUUCUAGAUGCUGGGCAUAUGAAACUGGUGUUGUACUGAAUAAACAUCAUGAAAUGCCUGAUCAAAUUAGUCUCAAUGAUUAUUAUGAUUAUUAUGCACCUGAUUUUCAGUUACAUUUGCAACCGUCCAGUAUUCCAAAUUAUAACUCACCCGAACAUUUGAGUCGAAUUAAAAUGAAAAUUACAGAAAAUCUUAGAAACAUUGAACAUGCCCCAGGGGUCCAGUUUUCAUAUGUCCCACCUGAUUUUUUCGAUUCAGAAAUUGAUGAUGAGUGUGAUAGAAACCAGUAUGAGCUUAAGGAUGAUAGUGGUGGUGGACGCGCCGCUGGCACCAGACCAAAAGACCAUUCCACGACACAUCACUUGAGGAGAAAAAAUUAUGAGGAUGACUUUUUCGAUCUCUCUGACAGAGACCAGAACAUUGUCCUCUGA